AUGUCCACAUCAACAAUUCCAUCGGACCAACCUGCAUCCACCAGAGAAUACGGCUUCAAUGCCAACCAAGGCGUAAACUGGUCUGACUACCUCACCUUCCGGCCAAUCUAUCCACCCUCCUUCUUCGAAAAAAACAUCGGCGCCGGCUGCGGAAUCGUCUCAUCGAGUCUUGCCCCCCGCUUCAACAAAGUGAUCGUCUCGGACCCAAACGAUGGGUACACUGCGCUCGCUCGAAGACUCCUAGUUGAGGAAUCCCACCUGUCGGAAUCCAGGUUCCGGUUCCUGAAGGAAAGUGCUGAAAAGAGCUCUGUGGAGUCGGACUCAGUCGACCUGAUCAUGGCAUGUGAGUGUAUCCACUGGACGAGGCCAGCAAUUGCGAUUGGGGAGUUUGUGAGGGAGUUAUGUCCCGGUGGGACGCUUGUUGUUACGCAUUAUAACUAUCCGCGCAUUGUUGGGAAUGAGAGGGCUCAGCGGGCCUGGGGGGCUGUUUGUGCAUUUUAUGCCGGUGAGGUCGAUGAUCCGAUGCUUGAUCAUGCGUUGAGGAUUUUGAAUUCCGGGACUGAAGCUCUCGGGUUCCCUGUGAAGGAUUGGAAGAGUGUGAAGAGGUUGUAUGUUAAUGCUCGAGGGAGUAUUGAGGCUUUCAGGAUUAACGAUCGAGUUGGUGAGAGUCAAGUUCAUGACAGAGAGGAGAUUGUUUGGGAGGAGGAGGAUCCAGAUUGGAUGGAUGAGCAGGAUUGUGACUGGUUUAAGGGUUAUGCGUCUACUUGGACGACACCGCGUGUAUCAGAGUCGGAAAUUAAUCCGCUUUGGGAUGAGAUGGAGAGAGCUUUUGAGGGGAAGAAAGUGAAGACUGCUACACCACUUGCUAUAGUCUUUGCUACGAAGAGACAUAGCUGA